AGUAGUAGUAAUAAUAAUAAUAAUAAUAUAACGAUAAUCACCUCUGUAUAGGAUGGCACCUUGAUCCUUAAAUAUUGUCCAGUGUGUAAGGUCAGUGUGCGGAGGGUUAGGAGCGGAGAGGGCUGAUUUUUCUUAAAGGGGCAGAUCAGGGGAAGGCUGUGAUGGUGCUGGGAGAGAGGAGGGGGGAGAGAUAAGUGGUCUGAAGAAGAGGAUAGGACAAAAAAAAAAAAAAAAAAACCACCCUGAUGAUGAUGAAUACAUUGGAAAGUUUUUUUGGCCCUGGUGAGGGUGUCAGAUUGAAUGCUCUGUGCGCAUGUGCGAAGGUGUCCAAACUGACAAUGCUUGGGAGAUGAAGAUAGUGUGUAGCUGCUUCUGGGCUCAAGGAGGAGGAGAGGAAUCCACAAGCCGACACGAUGAGAUCCAAGGCGAGGGCGAGAAAACUGCCCAAAAGUGACAGCGAGAUUGUAAAUAAUAUGUACGAGACCGACCCUGAUCUCCUUGCUGGCGAAAGUGCAGAGGAGGAAACAGAGGACAGUAUUAUGUCCCCCAUUCCUGUCGGACCUCCAUCACCCUUUCCCACCAGCGAGGACUUCACUCCCAAGGAGGGCUCACCUUAUGAAGCUCCCGUCUACAUUCCUGAUGACAUUCCAAUCCCACCAGAUUUUGAACUCAGAGAAUCUUCGAUUCCAGGGGCAGGGCUAGGGAUUUGGGCCAAAAAGAAGAUUGAAGUUGGGGAAAGAUUUGGACCCUAUAUGACAGUACAAAGGAGCACAUUAAAGGAAACAAACUUUGGAUGGGAGCAAAUACUGACUGAUCCCGAGGUGACCUCCCAAGAAGGCAAUAUAAAAAAGAUUGCUGAUGACCUGGGAAAUGAAAAAUUCUGCAUUGAUGCCAGCCAGAGCGGAGCUGGGAACUGGCUGAAGUACAUCCGCGUGGCCUGCUCCUGCGACGAACAGAAUCUAGCCGUGUGCCACGUUAACGACCAGAUCUAUUAUAAAGUUAUUAAAGAAAUUGAGCCAGGAGAAGAGCUCUUGGUGUAUUUGAAGGAAGGUGGUUAUUCACUUGGGAACAUGGCGCCCAGCAUGGAAGAAGAGCACACGUUUCGCUGCGAGGACUGUGAUGAACUUUUCCAGUCAAAGCUCGACCUGCGGCGACACAAGAAGUACGCCUGCAACGCUGUCAGCUCCCUGUACGAGACCCUCAACGACGAGAUCAAGCAAGAAGGUCUUGGAGAUGGACAGGUCCAUGAGUGCAAAGACUGUGAGAGGAUGUUCCCCAAUAAAUACAGCCUGGAGCAGCACAUGGUAAUCCACACCGAGGAGAGGGAGUACAAGUGCGACCAGUGUCCCAAGGCUUUCAACUGGAAAUCCAACCUGAUUCGUCACCAGAUGUCUCACGACAGUGGGAAACGGUUUGAAUGUGAAAACUGCGUUAAGGUGUUUACAGACCCCAGCAACCUCCAGCGGCACAUCCGUUCCCAGCACGUCGGGGCGCGGGCCCAUGCCUGCCCGGACUGCGGCAAAACCUUUGCCACCUCGUCUGGCCUCAAACAACACAAGCACAUUCACAGCACUGUCAAACCUUUCAUAUGUGAGGUCUGUCACAAAUCCUACACGCAGUUCUCCAACCUCUGCCGGCACAAGCGGAUGCACGCGGACUGUCGCACCCAGAUCAAGUGCAAGGACUGCGGCCAGAUGUUCAGCACUACCUCCUCUCUCAACAAACACCGGCGCUUCUGCGAGGGCAAGAACCAUUACAACCCAGGCGGGAUUUUUGCCCCUGGCUUACCCCUAACGCCCACUUCCAUGAUGGACAAAUCCAAGCCUUCUCCCAACCUCAAUCAUGCCAGCUUGGGAUUUAAUGAUUAUUUUCCAUCCCGCCCGCACCCGGGGGGUCUUCCGUUCUCACCUGCUCCCCCAGCAUUUCCUGCCCUCACUCCGGGAUUCCCGGGGAUUUUUCCACCAUCUCUAUACCCUAGGCCCCCCUUGUUACCACCCACACAACUGCUCAAAAGUCCCCUCAACCACACUCAAGACGCAAAGCUUCCAAGCCCCCUUGGGAACCCAGCACUUCCUCUGAUCUCUGCAGUGAGCAACAGCAACCAGGCCACUUCAGGAGAGGAGAAAUGUGAAAGCAGCCUGGAAAACUCCUACCUGGAGAAGCUAAAAGCCAGGAACAGUGACAUGUCCGAUGGCAGUGACUUUGAGGAUGUCAAUACAACCACAGGCACAGAUCUGGACACCACCACUGGCACCGGUUCUGACCUGGACAGUGACGCAGAGAGUGACAGGGACAAAACAAAAGAGAAGAGCAAACAAAUUGAGAGCAAGCCAGAUUUUGUCAGCAGCUCUGUGUCUGCGAGUUCCACCAACAACACGAGUGAGAUCCCUCUCUUCUAUUCUCAGCAUUCCUUCUUUCCUCCCCCCGAAGAGCACCUGCUACCUACCACGGGAGCAGCUAAUGACUCUAUUAAAGCUAUCGCCUCCAUCGCAGAGAAAUAUUUUGGGCCUGGCUUCAUGGGGAUGCAGGAGAAAAAGAUGGGUUCGCUCCCGUAUCAUUCCAUGUUCCCUUUUCAGUUCCUCCCCAAUUUCCCCCAUUCACUCUACCCUUUUACGGAGCGGACCCUCAAUCACAACUUGCUGGUCAAGGCAGAACCAAAGUCACCCAGGGACCUCCACAAAGUAGGCAGCACCAGCUCAGAGUCGCCCUUCGAUCUCACCACAAAGCCAAAAGAGAUUAAGCCAAUCUUGCCGCCACCUAAGGUCCUGCCAACCCCAUCCUCAGGGGAAGAACAGCCACUGGAUCUGAGCAUUGGCAACCGCAUCCGAGCCAGUCAGAACGGAGGAAGAGAGCCACGGAAAAACCAUAUUUAUGGGGAAAGGAAGCUAAUGGCAAGUGAAGUCUUACCCAAGAUUUCCCAGUCGCAACUGCCUCAGCAGCCAUCCCUGCAUUAUGCUAAGCCAUCACCCUUUUUCAUGGACCCCAUAUACAGCAGGGUGGAGAAGCGGAAGGUGACAGACCCUGUGGGUGCCCUAAAGGAGAAGUACCUGCGACCCUCCCCGCUGCUUUUUCACCCCCAGAUGUCGGCCAUAGAAACAAUGACAGAGAAGCUGGAGAGUUUUGCAGCCAUGAAGGCAGACACUGGCACUUCCCUGCAGCCCCUUCCCCAUCACCCGUUCAACUUCCGAUCUCCACCACCCACGCUAUCCGAUCCCAUCCUGCGCAAGGGCAAGGAGCGUUACACCUGCAGGUACUGUGGUAAGAUCUUCCCACGCUCAGCAAAUCUGACAAGGCAUCUGCGGACACACACUGGAGAGCAGCCUUACAGGUGUAAAUACUGUGACAGGUCAUUCAGCAUUUCCUCCAACCUCCAGCGGCACGUUCGAAACAUCCAUAACAAGGAGAAGCCAUUCAAAUGUCACCUGUGUAACCGAUGCUUUGGGCAGCAGACCAACUUGGACCGACAUCUUAAGAAACACGAACACGAGAACGUUCCAGUGAGCCAGCACUCUGGAGUCAUUACAAACCACCUUGGGACCAGUGCCUCUUCCCCAAACUCGGAAUCAGACAACCAUGCACUUUUAGAUGAAAAAGAGGAUUCUUAUUUCUCUGAAAUCAGAAAUUUUAUUGCAAAUAGUGAGAUGAAUCAAGCAUCAACUUUAGCAGAUAAAAGGCCAGAAAUCCAGGAUAUUGAUGGAAAUUCCCAGUGUCAUGGAUUAGCAAAUGAGAAAACAGAAGAUGUGGAUGAUGAGGAUGAAGAACUGGAAGAAGAGGAUGAUGACAGCCUGACAGGGAAGUCACAGGAUGAAACGGUAUCACCCGCUGCAGAACCCCGAGGAGCAUUUGAGGAUGAAGAAGAUGAAGAGCCCGCAUCUCUCACCAUGAGCUUUGACCACACCCGAAGGUGUAUUGAGGAGGACGAAGCCGGCUUGUUAGAUUUGGAGCAGAUGCCGAAUUUUGGGAAGGGGCUGGAUCUUCGCAAAGCAGCCGAGGAAGCAUUUGAAGUUAAAGAUGUGUUUAAUUCCACCUUAGACUCUGAGACAAUAAAACAGACUCUGUACAGGCAGGCUAAAAACCAGGCUUAUGCAAUGAUGCUGUCCCUGUCUGAGAACGCUCCCCUCCACACGUCCUCCCAGAACUCUCUGGGCGCUUGGUUGGACAUGGCAGGAGCAGCUUCAGAGUCGGGGAGCUUUAACCCCAUCAACCACCUCUGAGAGGUCAACAAGGCACUGGCCAGAGUCCAAGCGAGGAGGCGGUGGUGCUGCAAUUAUCCUAGCAAAAAUCCUAGCAAGCAGAAGAUGGAUGAGAGGGCCUCAGGGAGUCGUCUGGACUUUUGGCUGAGAAGGAAACCUGUCGCAUCUGACCUACAAGUCCUGCAUUUUUAUCUAUCCAGAGUUUUCAUGUCUAAUUUAUCAGAAUGAACAUCUCCAAAACUGGAUAACCCUGAUGCAGCCCUAGGAUUUCACAGUCUAUAGGAAUAACAUGAGCAAGACACGAAUUGCAACAGUGCAAUCAAAUAUUGGCCCCUCUAACAUUACAAAACAGUGUCACUGAGCCAGUAAAGCCUGCGUAUAAAUGAAAGCUUGAAACCAUUCGGUAGCAUUUCCUUUCAAUUCAGCUGAAAAGUGAAGUAAUGAGGAAGGAGAGCCAGGUGUGCCCUAUCCCCGGUGCAAUUCUGACAUAGUCGCUGGAGUUAUACCAGGGAAGGGUAAAUUUGACCCAUUUAAUUGACCCCCAAAAGAAUCUGAAAUUCUGUGCUCCCGCAGGAAUACCGUCCUACCCUUGUUCCCAGCAAAACACACCGGCACAGUGCAAGGCUUCUCGAGUGUGAGGCCACGUUGCCUGCAGUCGUGAUACACCGCAUGCGGUGUCCCGGUUGAGAAAUCUCCAGCGUGGAGCGUCGCUGAGGUUGGGGUUAUCGGUGCAUCGUGCGAGUACGUGGUUCGUGGUCCUUGGCUGUGCCCUGCGUGCCCUUCUGCCUGUGCUGACGCUGCGAGGUUGAGGGUGCUGUCCAUCCCGAGCGCCCGGGAGCCCAAGCUGCUGCUCGAGCUUGAAGCAGCCCGGGGAGGGGUCCUGAAAAAGCCACGUCCCGUGGGCGAGGGGGACGCGGCCCUCGGCCCCGCGCUGGCCGGGGCACCCGGCAACAGCCGCUGGAGAUGCUCAGACCUUCCCAGGCAGAGGGGUCCCGGGGCAGCCCCUCACCCGGGACGUGCAGCCGCGGGGCGUGGGCGAGUCUCGCCCUGGGAAGGGCGGCUCAGACCCGUCUUCUCAGUGAUCUCCCAGGGAGUUUCCGAGCGGCAUCCUUGCGGUGUUGGUAGCAUCCAGGAGCUGCGGCAGAAACUUCUGACUCGUGCGGUGGUUUCAGUAUGCUGGAUGGUUGUUUGUGCACCGCAUGCUGCAAUUUGGCCUAUAAUUUAAGUAGAAAGAUUAAAAUUCCCUUGCUUCAGCAACCUCAGGGGUACAGCCUGCUAUUCAAGCACACAGCUAAAAAUCAAAUUGUCUCUCUGACUCUAAAAUUGCUCACAGAUACUUUAUGAGUGAUUUUAAAUCGCUUCAAAGUCUCAUCUCCCUUACUGAUACAAAGCAGCCUCCAGAAAUACUGUGAUGUUUAUGCUGUUCUGCAUUGCAAUUACAAUCUGCUGUUGGAGCGGUGAUUUUACAGGUGAUGCGGAAUUACAGAAUAGUCAGGAAAGCAAUUAGACCUUGCAAGGGAUAACAUUAGCUACACAGAUAAAGUGAAGAAUGUGUGUUCUGAGAAUUUUUGAAUUAUGAUAUCUAAAAAUUAGAAAUGCUGAGGACCAGACUGCUGCUACCACUGAGAGAGAGCUCGUGCCUCUGCAUCUUGGCCGCUGCAGUUCUGCGCCCGCAGCCGCCGGGCGGCUGGAGGCAUCCAAGGCCAGUGAAGUCGAGAGGAGCUUUUCCCAUUAAUUUCAGUAUAUUUUAGUGCUGGGUGAGCUUCGAGUAAGUGUUGUACCAGGUAGUAGCCGCUUGCAGAACUGGGUUACUGGCCGAUUUCAGAGGGGCAGCGUGCAGGUCGGUACAUCUGCCUGUGACCGCUGGACACGCACAGCCUGUCCGCUCGGCGCGAGGGGAGCAGACGGCGGCUCCUGGGCCGGUCCAGUGCGCGGGGGCAGAGCGGGGCAGCCUCACCCCAGCACGCUGAAGCAAAGGAAAGUGCUCCCCAGGGCAUGGGCGGUGGUAGAGAGAUACCUUUGCAAUUCACUCUUUGCGCCCAAGAGCACACGUGAGGCUGUUUUUAGCUAGCCAGGAGCCUCAGCAUCUCCAUGGAGGGAAGCAUCUAGGGUAGCUUUGGUACAGAAGGAACAAAAGGUAAAUUAGCAGCAUCAGAGUAUUUUCCAAGGAAAUUUACCCUUCCUUUUUGCUUUUCCACAACACCCUGUGAAAGUGCCCAAGGCUCUGAGACCAACAGUCUGUAACCUGAACUGCUUCAUAUAUUUGCACAAAGCUCUGGGGGAAAUAGAGCCCGAGAGCUGACAACGUCAAAAGAACCCAGGCUCUGCCAAGGAGAGGGGACGUCCCCGUCCCGGCACAUCUGCCUCUGCUGCUGCUGCUGCAGCACAGCCCUGCCCAGGCGCUUGGCCUUUAAAUUAUUCCCACAGGGGCCAACGGAAAAUAAUAAAAGAAUUGUUUCUUUUCCUGAUGGAAUUUAUUUUAAUCUGUAUAUAACUUGUAAUUGUUUGCUAAUUCUUUUCCUAUUUUAUUUCUUCCUUAACAGUAUUUUUUGCAUUAGAUAUCAUUAUUGUGAAGAAAUAAUGUUAAUAUAAGUAUGUAGUGAAGGACCAAAAUGGUGUCGUUAAGGCUGUAUGUUGUACGAUUGAUAACCAGGGAGUAGGAAGCUUUUGUCCAUGUGCCAAAUGCCCCCGGCCAGUCCCGCCGGUCUCGCUGCCGCUUCUCCAGACAAUCAGCCGGGUUGUUGCCUUUGCCUCCGAGCGCCCUCGAAGCCGCGGCAGCCGAAGGGUUCUGGGCCGUUCCUCGGCCGCUCAGGAAGCCACCGCCGCCUCGGCCAGCGGGCGAGAGCCCCCCCGUGCCGCACAGCCGGCCCCCCGCCCCGCGAGCCAGGGGAGCGGGCAGCCACGGGCCGGACGGAGCGACGGAGAGACGGGGAGACGGAGAGACAUCUGGGCCCCACGGGGCAGCUGGGGCUGAGCAGGGAUGUCACCGUGCCAGCCAGGGAUGCCAGCGUGCCGGGCAGUGAUGUCAUCAUGCUGGUGAGUGAUGUCACCGUGCCAGCCAGCGAUAUCACCAUGCCAGCCAGGGACACCACUGUGCUGGCGAGCAAUGUCACCGUGCCAGCCAGCGAUGCCACCGUGCCGCCUGUCCCCCAGCCCUGAGGUGCAGAGCCGGGGGCCACGGUGCCCCCCCGGG